UAGAGCAUCGCGUGUCCGUCAUCAACCGCCUUGUAGCCACAAUUGAACUCGCCAUGGCGUCGCGCACACGGCUGGCAGCCACCACGGCUUCAACGCUAUUACGAGGCUCGCGGCCACUGGCAAACUCGAGGAUAACACCACUGGCUGCUGCAGUGACGACAUUGUUGGUCCGCAGCAACUCGCACCUCAGCUCACAGUCCGCCACGAACCCGACAAGUGUCUUCUCAUCGUUCGGCCAGCUGACAUCUGCAUCGGGCCCUCCAUCGUACUUUUCCUCGUCACAUAGGCGACUGCCCACCAACACUAUCAUUCGCUUUGUGCCGCAGCAGACAGCAUGGAUAGUCGAGCGCAUGGGAAAGUUCAACCGCAUACUGGAGCCUGGCCUGGCCAUCCUGAUACCCUUCAUUGACCGGAUAGCCUAUGUCAAGAGCCUCAAGGAGAAUGCCAUUGAGAUACCUAGUCAGAGUGCCAUCACAGCCGACAAUGUCACACUGGAGCUCGACGGCGUACUGUACACUCGUGUGUUUGACGCAUACAAGGCUAGCUACGGGGUAGAAGACGCAGAGUAUGCCAUCUCCCAACUUGCACAAACGACGAUGCGCUCCGAAAUCGGCCAGCUUUCCCUCGACCACGUCCUCAAGGAGCGCGCCAACCUCAAUGCGAACAUCACCGCCGCCAUCAACGAGGCCGCCCAGGACUGGGGCGUUACUUGCCUGCGCUACGAGAUCCGUGACAUUCACGCGCCCGAACCCGUUGUCGAAGCCAUGCACCGUCAAGUCACUGCUGAGCGAUCCAAGCGAGCCGAGAUUCUCGAGUCCGAGGGUCAAAGGCAGUCUGCCAUCAACAUUGCCGAGGGAAAGAAGCAGUCUGUGAUUCUGGCAUCCGAGGCUCUGAGGGCAGAGCAGAUUAACAUGGCAAGUGGAGAGGCUGAGGCCAUCUUGCUCAAGGCCAGGGCUACAGCCAACGGUAUCGAUGCUGUUGCACGCUCCAUUGCCCAAGGCGAAGGGGCCGCGCAGAAUGCCAUUUCGCUCUCUGUCGCUGAGAAGUAUGUCGACGCCUUUGGCAACCUUGCCAAGGAAGGUACCAGCAUUGUGGUUCCUGGUAACGUGGGUGACAUUAGCGGCAUGAUUGCCAGUGCCAUGGCAGUCUACGGCAACGUCAGUGCCUCGCAAGCAAAAGCCUCCAAGUCGGUCGAAGGUGGGCGAGCCAGCACACAAGCUAGCGAAAAGAUUAAAGAGCUCCAGAACAAGUUGAACAAUGUCGAGAGCGGGACUAGUGAGGUGCACAGUGAGAUCAACAAGGCCAUGGACCAGAGGUUGAACAACAGGUAGUCAUGAACAGUGGCUGAGGGGAAGAGAAGAGGUAGAAUGGGAACGCGAUACGAUUGUACAUUACACCAAGCUGUAUGACUAGCACGGCCCAGGAAACGAUUGCAUCAGGGUUAUUGGAUACGGGCCAUUUGAAAAGCAUUGCCCCGAGGAGGUCUUGUUUCCUGCAUCAAGUCUUUCCAUCCCUUUGUAUAUUAAUAAGGAAUCGCAAAUAGCCAAUCAACAUGACUUGAAAACAAAGCCCAGUCACCACCUAGUGUAUGUUUUCUUUUUUUGGUUGUCUAGAGAUAUAUUAGUACACUUGACUCUAACUUUUACUCUACUUCCCGCCCAACCGUUGGACCACCUCGGCAACCAGUGUAGCAAUCUGUCUCCCAUCCUCCCAAAUCUCAUCAUGCCCGCCCUUUAGAUCCCUCACAUUAAGC